CCCCCGGCUCCCCAGUCGCGCCGGCGGCUGGACGGGAGCGGAGCGGCGCUGCCAGCCCCGUCCCGAGCCGAGCGUGGGGGGAGCGGCCGCCCCAUGCGCUGAGCGGGAUGGGGCCGCGGGGCGGUGGCAGCUGUGCUCGCCGUGCCGGGCCGCCCGCUGCUCCCGGCUGGACCUGCCCGCUGCUGCUGCUGCUGCUGCUGCUGUGCGCCGCGCUCCGGAGCCUGCUGGCCAGCCCCGGCAGCGAGGUGAAUUUACUGGACUCACGCACGGUAAUGGGGGAUCUAGGAUGGAUAGCCUACCCAAAAAAUGGAUGGGAAGAAAUUGGUGAGGUGGAUGAAAACUACGCUCCAAUACACACAUACCAAGUAUGCAAGGUAAUGGAACAGAACCAGAACAACUGGCUUCUAACCAGCUGGAUCUCUAAUGAAGGCGCGUCACGCAUCUUCAUUGAGCUCAAGUUCACCCUGAGGGACUGUAACAGCCUUCCAGGAGGACUUGGGACUUGCAAAGAGACUUUUAACAUGUAUUACUUUGAAUCAGAUGAUGAAGAUGGGAGAAACAUCAAAGAAAAUCAGUACAUCAAGAUUGAUACCAUUGCUGCUGAUGAGAGCUUCACAGAGUUAGACCUUGGCGACAGAGUUAUGAAACUAAACACAGAAGUGAGAGAUGUUGGGCCCCUAACAAAAAAGGGAUUUUAUCUCGCUUUCCAGGAUGUGGGUGCGUGCAUCGCCCUGGUCUCCGUGCGUGUUUACUACAAGAAAUGUCCAUCGGUGAUCCGCAACCUGGCCCGCUUUCCUGACACCAUCACAGGAGCAGAUUCCUCACAGUUGCUAGAGGUAUCAGGCAUCUGUGUCAACCACUCAGUGACUGACGAGGCACCGAAGAUGCACUGCAGUGCUGAGGGGGAAUGGCUGGUGCCCAUCGGGAAGUGCUUGUGCAAGGCAGGGUACGAGGAGAAGAACAACACUUGCCAAGUAUGCAGACCUGGGUUCUUCAAAGCUUCACCCCACAGUCCAUCCUGCAGCAAAUGUCCCCCUCACAGCUACACGCUUGAUGAAGCAUCCACAUCUUGCCUGUGUGAAGAGCACUAUUUUAGGAAGGAAUCAGACCCACCUACAAUGGCUUGUACAAGACCCCCCUCUGCUCCUCGGAGUGCCAUCUCAAAUGUUAACGAGACUAGUGUCUUUCUGGAAUGGAUUCCCCCUGCUGAUACUGGUGGAAGGAAAGAUGUGUCUUAUUAUAUUGCAUGCAAGAAGUGCAACUCACACUCAGGUCUGUGUGAGGCGUGUGGCAGUCAUGUCAGGUACCUCCCCCAGCAAACCGGCCUGAAAAACACCUCUGUCAUGAUGGUGGAUCUGCUUGCUCAUACAAACUAUACCUUUGAAAUUGAGGCAGUGAAUGGAGUGUCCGACCAGAGCCCCGGAGCCCGACAAUUUGUGUCUGUAAAUGUAACCACAAACCAGGCAGCACCUUCUCCAGUCAGUAGUGUGAAAAAAGGGAAGAUAACUAAAAAUAGCAUCUCCCUUUCCUGGCAGGAGCCAGAUCGACCCAACGGCAUCAUCCUGGAAUAUGAAAUCAAAUAUUUUGAAAAGGACCAGGAGACGAGUUACACCAUCAUCAAGUCCAAAGAGACGACGAUUAUGGCAGAUGGCUUGAAACCAGGCUCAGCGUACGUCUUCCAGAUCCGAGCCCGGACAGCUGCCGGCUAUGGUGGCUUCAGCCGAAGAUUUGAGUUUGAAACCAGCCCAGUGUCAGUAGCUGCAUCCAGCGACCAGAGCCAGAUUCCUAUAAUUGUUGUGUCUGUAACAGUGGGAGUCAUUCUGCUGGCUGUUGUUAUGGGUUUCCUUCUCAGUGGAAGUUGCUGCGAUCAUGGCUGUGGGUGGGCUUCUUCUCUGCGUGCUGUUGCCUAUCCGAGCCUAACAUGGCGAUGUGGCUAUAGCAAAGCUAAACAAGAUCCAGAAGAAGAAAAGAUGCAUUUUCAUAACGGCCACAUUAAGCUGCCUGGAGUAAGGACCUACAUUGACCCACAUACUUAUGAGGACCCUAAUCAAGCCGUCCAUGAGUUUGCUAAGGAAAUUGAAGCUUCAUGCAUAACCAUUGAAAGAGUUAUUGGAGCUGGUGAAUUUGGGGAGGUCUGCAGUGGGCGGCUGAAGCUGCAGGGAAAACGUGAGUUUCCAGUGGCUAUCAAAACUCUGAAGGUGGGCUACACAGAGAAACAGAGGCGAGAUUUCUUAGGAGAAGCAAGCAUCAUGGGGCAGUUUGACCACCCCAACAUCAUCCACUUGGAAGGCGUUGUCACAAAAAGCAAACCAGUAAUGAUAGUUACUGAAUAUAUGGAGAAUGGUUCUCUGGAUACAUUUUUAAAGAAGAACGAUGGGCAGUUCACGGUCAUUCAGCUGGUUGGGAUGCUACGAGGCAUCGCAUCAGGAAUGAAGUAUCUGUCUGACAUGGGUUAUGUACACAGAGAUCUGGCUGCCAGGAAUAUCCUAAUCAACAGCAAUUUAGUCUGCAAGGUGUCAGACUUCGGCCUCUCCAGAGUCCUAGAAGAUGACCCUGAAGCAGCCUACACAACCAGAGGAGGGAAGAUCCCCAUACGAUGGACAGCACCUGAAGCAAUUGCCUUCCGCAAAUUCACAUCAGCAAGCGACGUCUGGAGCUACGGCAUAGUGAUGUGGGAGGUGAUGUCCUACGGCGAGAGGCCUUACUGGGAAAUGACAAACCAAGAUGUGAUUAAAGCCGUGGAGGAAGGCUAUCGCCUGCCAAGUCCCAUGGACUGCCCUGCUGCUCUCUACCAGCUAAUGCUCGACUGCUGGCAGAAAGACCGCAACAGCAGGCCCAAGUUUGAUGAAAUUGUCAGCAUGUUGGACAAGCUUAUUCGUAACCCAAGCAGCUUGAAGACAUUGGUUAAUGCAUCGAGCAGAGUACCAAAUCUGUUGGUAGAGCACAGUCCUGUCGGGAGUGGUGCCUACAGGUCGGUGGGUGAGUGGCUGGAAGCCAUCAAAAUGGGCCGAUACACAGAGAUCUUCAUGGAGAAUGGAUACAGUUCGAUGGAUGCUGUGGCUCAGGUGACCCUAGAGGACGAAUCACCUUCUGAAAAGUGGAGCCUCACCCUCCACCCCCUCUUUCCAACUGGAUAUCAGACUUGAAGGCAACCUUUCCAGUGGACCAGACCUGCUCUUUAAACUUGAGGACCACCUAGUGACUUGAGUGUGUCUGGAGCUCAUUCAAUCCACUGCAAGAAUAACUUUACCAGGACAUUACUCAAGAAUAGAUAGAUCCAUGACAUGAGUUUCAGUCUGACCCUUGACUGGAGAAAUUACUAACCAUGUGGACUACAUACUUCCACCUUUUGAAAGAUCUGUACGCACUAAAUCUCAGGACACUCUGUUGUUUGUUAUUAGAUGCAGUUCUCUGAAUAUUUGUAAUAGUAUGUGCUGUGUUGCUUUGCAUUGUAUUUUUUUUCCUUCUAAAAUAAAAUAAAUUAUUUAUUAAAAGUUAUACUGGAUGAAGAGCAUUUAAGAGUUCACCUGUUCUAGAUGCUUAUCCUUAACCUGAAAUCUCAGUCCUGAGAUUGCGAUACUGCAUCUGCUUCUGAAGAAAUUGAUUCUCCUCUCAUAAUCAAGUAGGAAAGGAAUAAUGAAUAAGAGCAGAUGAACUCUUAACAAAAAAAUUUUAAGUCCUCAUUUCAUGCAAAAGUCCCUAGCAAGUGGAUUCCUCUCUCUUUAGCGUCUUCUGCAGGUCUUUGAGGUUCUUCUUUGCCCUCAUUCAAACUGACAGCUAAGUAAAACUAACUCCAUGAGUGGUCCUAGUCUGCACGGGCCAUUGUACCACGUGAAGAAGAGUGAUAAAAUCUGGCCUGGAUGGGAGAUGAAAUACAAAAUAUCUGUUGUAGGCUGACAGCUGCUGGCCAUGGAGAUCUUUCAGGAACAUGGCCCUUUUGCUUGCAUGACUAACAGACUGGUGAGGGGUUUGUAUUUUAUGUGGCAUUCCAGUCAUAGUCUACACUGUGUUUGACAAAUUGGUCCAUGGUGUAUAAAUAGUUCUGUUUGUAAAUAAAAUGUUUUAAAUAUAUUUCUUACAACGUGGAGACCAUGAAUUAAACCCUUGCAAAUGGAGGAUAUUUCAGGGGAGGGGGUACUGUGUUUUCCCUGGUACGUUGCAGCUGGGCUUUUGUGUAAGGUCAUGAUAAGAAAGCAACAUGCACACAGGUUGUUUGGGAUGAGCCAACACCAAUUUUACCCUUUAUUUCCUUGGCUUUUUGGACAACUUAGGUUGAUCUCUUAGUGCUGUGUUGGCAAGUGAUUCAAGUUCUUGCCUAUUUCCAUUUUCAGCCCUAUGUGACUGAACGAGAAGUGAAAGGAGAGACUUCUCCCUGAAACAAGAAUAAAAAUUGUCUCGUUGCGGGGGUCAAGUAUUUUGAAGCAGGGAGACCCCAUAGCACACAGGUGCACAUACCUCAAUGGCCUUGAGGAGUGCCCAUGCUACUGCUGCAACGGUGCGCACAAAACCCAACACUGGGAGUUUAGUCACUUGCACAGCAAGAUGAAGCCUGGAUCCCAAUCACAAGUGUCAUUUGCCUCUGGGUCUUAGUUGUGACUCUUCUCACAGGGAAUCACACGUUUCUAUUGCAGAGCCCCAGCAGAUGCCCACAUACAUCGCCUCCGUGCAGCUGAACUUGCCAGUUGGCUGCAAUAAUGUGAGCCAAGCAGCUGUGGACUAGAGCUUGAAAACAGUUGUUUUGCAGCCCUUUGGCAUAGAAGUUGAUUUUUUUUUUUUUUUUGUCCCCAAACCAGCUGGUUUGUGCCUCUGAUUUUGUUUAAAAUUGGCUUCUGCCUGACACCACUUCAAAUCCUUCAGCACUGGAUGCAUAGUAGUGUGCAACAUGCUGUUAAGUCAUGCUUGAAAAAUGGAAAUUAAAACUCUUACAUUCUCUAGGUGGUUUUUGGAAAGUGUUGUUGCUGGCUUCGCAAUACACGAGGUGGCUUUUGAAUAAAGCUGCUGCUUUUGAGCAUCUAAAUACUAGGUGAGCAUCUGACUGUUGCCUCCUAGUCCUCUUCUGCAGAGGUGAAAGAGCCCACAAUUGUGGUUUUUUGCCCUCUGUGAGGAGUCCCCACGCUUUUGGCUGCGAGCUCUGCAUUCAAGAGGAUUUGGUAUUUAAAAAAAAAAAAAAUAGACUGGAUUCCCUGGUGAGCAGCUAAUGGAUUGAAACCAGAAGAACUCCUUUUUCUUCUUUGUCUCAUGUAAAUCAAUGAGGUGCUCUUCAAGGAUAUUGAGUUAAGGGGAUACUAUAAGAGGGCAGGGGGGGAAGCUGUGUAGUAAGGUUUUUUUAUUAGACUGAUAGAGCUGUGUGUGAAAUGCCAAGACAUUCUUGCCUUUCUCAUAAUUUUAGGCUAUUUUUUUUCUGCAUAACAUGCAAGAGUAUAAGAAACAAUACAUCUGUGAAAUACAUGGUGCUGGAUUUUCAAAAGAGCUCAGCCUGCACUUUAGAUACCUUGAAAAAAAAAAAUGAAUUUUUAUAAAGUGCCAGCAGAGUAGCACUCAGCAGGGGGCAAGAUGGAUGUUGGCUCUUCUAAAAAUCAGGUCCUAUACUAGGGGACUUUGGGGGUGGGGUGGUGGUGUUGAUCUUUGGUGUGAACUUCCAAGUGUGCUGUAUACAGAAAAUAAAUUGCAUGUCACAACAGCAUUACCACAUUUUCUUUCAUUAUUAAGAUGACUUGCUGAAAUAGUUUCACAAUUCAGUGGAGGCAGAAAUGAAAACAUGUCCCUCUGAGAACGCAGACACCUUUUGCAGGUGCUGCAGCCUUUUCUCUGCCAGGUAAGGAGCAUUGCUGAUGUGUCUCAUUGACCUCCCUUGUUCCAUGCCCCUUCUGUUGUGAUUUCCCUUAUGCAUCAGUGAGAUGCAUCACCAAAGAAUGGUACAAUAAUGAAAUUAAGCAUUUAGCCUGUAGCAGAAAAUCUGGUGUUUUACAAAUCAAAAGGCUGAAAGCGUGACAAUCCUUGGAGAACAACAAAUCUAGCUUUUGGCUUCAACUAGAUUAUAUGUUGACAUAUCAACCUUCACUCAGGUUUGCUUUUUAUUCAAAGCAAUGUUCAUUUGUGUAAUUUUGGGGCAUGGAUGGUUGGUUGUAUUCACACAGCAGUUUCUGUCCAGAACAUGAAGCUGCUGAGAGAGGUACAUGUCUCUGGGUAGCUCACACAACCUUAUGUGAAAGUGUUUUGGUGGUCAUCGCACAUGCUCACCUGCAGUCCAGCAUGUAGUCAUGCUGUGAGCUGUAGACCGAGUUUGUAAUAGGUCUCAGGUGAUGGUUGGGCUCCCAGGUGUUGCUGGCAAUCCCCAGCCCUUGCAUGACCAAGCUAGAUCAGUGCGGUUUCCAAAAAGAAUCUACAUAUUCAUAGAGGUCAUGUCCCACUGGCUUUUGGUAGAGACCUCUCUCCAAAAUGAUUUGCACUUAGGGUGUCAGCAGCUCUGGAAUUCACACAUCUAUUAGCAAGACCAUAGAGCCUUAUUUUGGAAAAAUCCAUUAUUCAGUCCAGUCUGGAGGUAGAAAGUGAGGGGCUAUUUCUCUAGUGGAAGUCUUCAGACGAAACACUGUGCCUCCUCUAAGUCGAACUGCUUCUCUGUCUCUGUGCCUUGGGUUGGAAACAGGAAUACAGCUGUCUUGAUGUUUCCUCUGAACUUUUAAUCCUAUAGUUUCUCUGUUAAUACUUUUUCCACUAGAAAUAAAUUCCUCCAAUUAUACUCUGCUGUAACCAAUGGCCUCACCUGGCUUUAGAUUUGUCGUUGAGCUUCUGAGAAAGCAAUCUUUCCUCCUAAUCUUGCAUUUCAUAAACUGUCUUAUUUUACAUCUUUCCUGUAGUAGCAGCACAGGAGACAGAUUCAACACAAAUGCCUUUGGCUAAGAGAAUUCAUGCCCCUGAAAAAAAACCCAAAUGUGGGUUUAUGGGAAGAUUUGCAAAGGCUCAGAGAGAAGCUGCAUUUCCAACUCCUGUUCACUUUAGGGUGUCAUCGAGGUGGUGGCCAUGCUCAAGGGUUUUGCCAUUCAGCUCACUGUAGCAUCUGGCUCUAGGAUCGUGGUUUGUGUAUCUUUGGUUUUGCCUUGUCUAAAUAGGAAGGAAUUGUGAAUUGACCCUUCUCCUCACUUGCUUGUAUCUGAGAUAAAAUAACCGCCUUUCACAGGAGAAGAGGAAACUGCAACACAGACUUUUUUGCACAUUUUUUCUCUUGAAAAUAGGACUUUUCAAGCCUAGCAGACUCCUUGGCCAAAGGUGAUGCUGACACUUUGCUGUCUGGAUUUUCUCCAGGGGCAGCAAGGUGAUUUCAGUCUAAUCACAUCACCUUUCUGAGAAGCUGUCAGCUGUUACAAAAUGAAAAAAAUAAGGGGGGGGGGAAUUAAACUUGUCAACUAAACUUGACUUUGGGAACUGCCAAUCGUAAGAGGUAGGCACUUGGCAGCAGCACUGGUGUGUGCAGCAUGUGGCGUGUGUGGCAGUGUGUGCCUGAGAGGUCCCUAGAACCAACAUCUGCUUUCU